UUUCCGAUGUGAGAAAUUGGAAAGAAACAAAUACAAGGAAAGGUUAAUAAUGGAAACAAAACGAUACACUUCUCCAAUGCUAUACAGACAAAUAUCAUGUUUACUAACACUACCUCUGCCUGAAAUGGGAGAAACUUUAUACAAGUAUAUUGAGAGCAUCAAACCUUUCGUCGACAAAAAAUAUACGAAAAAAUUGGAAGAUUUUGUAAAGCUUGAAAUUGGCACGCCAGAUGGGAUUGGACAAAAAUUGAAGGAGGAAUUAAAUAGAUACUCUAACGAGCACAUUAAUUGGGCUUAUGAACCUUGGUUGCGUGAAAUGUAUUUAAAUCAAAGAUUACCUUUACCCAUAAAUUUCAAUCCUGGAAUGGUGAUGCCAAGACAAACUUUUGAAACAUUAGAUUCCUUUUGUUGGUUUGCAGCUAAAGUAAUAAACGGCAUCCUGAUUUUCAAAGCUAUGAUCGAAAAAUUCCCUGCCUAUAACAAAACAUUGCCUUUUAUUUUAGCUACCUUACCGAGUAGCACCUGCACCAAUGAAAAGUCUUUUUCAACUUUGAAAAGGUUAAAAACCUAUUUAAGAAACAGCACCGGUGAAAGCGAUCUCGUGAGUGAGAGAUAUCAUCAACAUUUAUGUAUGCAACAAUAUCAACAUCUAUUCGAUUGCUAUCGGUGUCCUCGUUUAGUGCAAGAUGUAUGGCUAUUUAGCAAAAAUAAAUCCAAACAUAUAAUUGUCAUGUAUAAAAAUCAGAUUUACAAAGUGGAGAUAAUGGAUGAUAUGGAAAUGAUAAAUAUCCCCUCAUUGAAAAGAGUCCUAGAAAAAUUAAUUACUGAUAUAGAUAACGAUAACGAUUUUAACAUAUCAAACUCCGUAUCUUAUUUAACAACUCUACCUCGAAGUGACUGGGCUCUUAUCAGAGAUAAGCUAUUACUAAAUAAUAAAAAUCGCACCUCUUUAAACGCCAUAGAAACUUGCCUAUUUUGUCUCUGUUUGGAUGAAGAGAUUGACGAAAAUACUUUCGCGUUUAAAAAAAACGUUGCGCGCAACGAUGAAUCCCUAUUCUUUCAAGCUAUUCAUGGAGGUGGAGUCACGAACAAUUCCGGAAAUCGUUGGUUCGAUAAAACGAUUCAAGUAAUUAUUGGGAAAGAUGGAUUCUAUGGUUUAUCGUAUGAACAUUCUGUUUGCGAAGCUUUAGUCAUAAUUAGACUUUUUGAAUUCGUUCUGAAAAAUAUAAGGGAUGAUGAAAGUAACAAAGAUAUGAUUAUAAAUUCUGAUCCUGCAAUGGCUAAUAAACUGUUAUGGAACCUUAAUGUGGAAUUGCAAGAUUCAAUCAUACGAGCAGUUGAAUUGUUUCAAAUCCAAAUUAACCGACUCAACGCCUCAAUACUUCAUUUUGAUAAUUUUGGCAGGGAAUUUCCUAAAUCCCAGAACUGUAGUCCUGAUGGUUUCAUUCAAUUGGCCCUACAGUUAACUUAUUAUAAAAUACAUAAAAGAAUAACUCAUACUUAUGAAAGUGCUUCUUUAAGAAGGUUUAUCAAAGGACGAGUUGACAAUAUUAGAGCUGCACACGAAGAAGCAUUGGAGUGGGUUAAAGUAAUGGUGCAAGAUAAUGAGGAGAUUCAGAAUAAAAUCGAUUAUUUCCAAAAGGCUAUCGAAAAGCAAUCUAAUAUUAUAAAUCAAACAAUCAAUGGAUAUGGCAUUGACAAUCAUAUGCUUUUAAUGAAAACGAUUGGGGAAGAAACAGAUUUAAAAUUUCCUUUAUUCGAUGAUAAGACGUACGAAGAUUGGAACUAUUUUCGACUUUCAACAAGCCAAAUUCCCACACAAGAAUUAUUUUUCAUGGGGUAUGGUCCAGUUGUUCUAGAUGGAUAUGGAUGUUCCUACAAUCCUCAUAAAGAUACCAUAACAUUCGUGAUUACGACCUUCAACGAUUGUACGACAACCGAUAUAAAUAAAUUUAGAGAAAACCUAAUUUCCAGCUUGCUCGAAAUGAAAGAACUUUUAUUGAGAAGAUAAAAAUAUACAUAAAUCUCCAAAAAUUAAUAAGCAAUAUAAAAUAUAUACCAUAUUAAUGUAU